AUGGCGAUGAACCCCCCCAAUCAGACGCCGCUGCGCGAUAGCUACUUCCUGGAGAAACUUGUUGGGCUGGGCGUUGACGACGGUGUGCAGCUAAACAUCAUCGUGCAGCAGCUGUUCCUGAUCAUGGGCGUCUGGCCGCUGGUGUACACGGCGCUGCUCAUCCCCAGCGGCAAGAGCGGCAACGGGGUGCCUGCCUGGCCAUUCAUCACGCUUUCCUAUGUCUUUGGCGCGUUUGGCCUGCUGCCCUUCAUGGCGCUGUGGCAGCCGCCCAAGGAGCCGCCCAAGGUGCCCGCAGCUGCAGAGGAUUUGCAGGGUCCUGGGAACCUGAUGCAGAAAGGCAUGGAGAGCCCGCUGGUGGCCUUUCUGUGCCUGGCGGGUGCCGUGGCAUGCGUGGGACAAGCAGCGCUGGCAGGCGCACCGCAGUGGAACAGCUACUUCAAGCUGUUGGAGGAGAGCAGGUUCAUCAAUGUGAUGACUGUAGACUUUUUGACGCUGACCGCGCUGGCGCCCUUUUGGAUGGCCAACGAUGCGGCAUUGCGCAAGUGGGACAACAACUCGCUGGUGUCCAUUCUCAGCGUGCUGCCUGUGUUUGGGCCGGUCAUCUACCUGUGCCUGCGGCCCAGGGCGCAGCUUUGA